GGAGCAGCCAUGAUGGAAGGCCUGGACGACGGCCCCGACUUCCUCUCUGAGGAGGACCGCGGACUUAAAGCAAUAAAUGUAGAUCUUCAAAGUGAUGCUGCUCUGCAGGUGGACAUUUCUGAUGCUCUUAGUGAGAGGGAUAAAGUAAAAUUCACUGUUCACACAAAGAGUUCAUUGCCAAAUUUUAAGCAGAACGAGUUUUCUGUUGUCCGACAGCAUGAGGAGUUUAUUUGGCUUCAUGAUUCCUUCGUUGAAAAUGAAGACUAUGCAGGUUAUAUCAUCCCACCAGCACCACCAAGACCUGAUUUUGAUGCUUCAAGGGAAAAACUACAGAAACUUGGAGAAGGAGAAGGGUCAAUGACAAAGGAAGAAUUCACAAAGAUGAAACAGGAACUGGAAGCUGAAUAUUUGGCAAUAUUUAAGAAGACUGUUGCAAUGCAUGAAGUGUUCCUGUGUCGUGUGGCAGCACAUCCUAUUUUGAGAAAAGAUUUAAAUUUCCAUGUCUUCUUGGAAUAUAAUCAAGAUUUGAGUGUACGAGGAAAAAAUAAAAAAGAGAAACUUGAAGAUUUCUUUAAAAACAUGGUUAAAUCAGCAGAUGGAGUCAUUGUUUCAGGAGUAAAGGAUGUAGAUGAUUUCUUUGAGCAUGAACGAACAUUCCUUUUAGAGUAUCAUAACCGAGUUAAGGAUGCAUCUGCUAAAUCUGAUAGGAUGACAAGAUCCCACAAAAGUGCUGCAGAUGAUUACAAUAGAAUUGGUUCUUCAUUAUAUGCCUUAGGAACUCAGGAUUCUACAGAUAUAUGCAAGUUUUUUCUCAAAGUUUCAGAACUGUUUGAUAAAACAAGAAAAAUAGAAGCACGAGUGUCUGCCGAUGAGGACCUCAAGCUUUCUGAUCUUUUAAAAUAUUACUUAAGAGAAUCUCAAGCAGCUAAGGAUCUCCUCUAUCGAAGAUCUAGGUCACUAGUGGAUUACGAAAAUGCUAAUAAAGCCCUGGAUAAAGCAAGAGCAAAAAACAAAGAUGUUCUACAGGCUGAAACAUCUCAACAGUUAUGCUGUCAGAAAUUUGAAAAAAUAUCUGAGUCUGCAAAACAAGAGCUUAUAGAUUUUAAGACAAGAAGAGUUGCUGCGUUCAGAAAAAAUUUAGUGGAACUGGCAGAGUUAGAACUGAAGCAUGCAAAGGGUAACCUGCAAUUGCUGCAGAACUGCCUGGCGGUGUUAAAUGGGGACACAUAAGCCACACUCCACCUUCCUGUUAAAAAGGGCUGCCUUCCUUCAGAUUUUAUUUUUGUCUUCUUAAUGAUGUUAGGCAUCUAUGCUCACUGGAAACAAACCGCUGAAAAGUGCAACUACUCUUUCUCUGGGAAACUGGAGCAGCCGUCCGUGCACAGGUGACGCAGGCUGUGGUGUGACGCUGCACCGUUUUCCAGGACGGUUGUCUGUCGUCAUGUGCUCAUCUUACUCGGAAGUCCAGAGUUUGGUCUUUUUCAAGUAGCCUCUAUAACUGUGUUUAUUUUAUAUAAAUAGUAUUUCUUGUGGCUGCCAAUUUUAUUUACCUUCAAGUAAUUUCUGAAGUUUAACCCUUUUAAAAUACAUGUUCAAACAAGAUAAAGAUUGCCUUUCUUGAAUUUUUUUUUUUGAAUUUUUUUUUAAAAGCAUUGUAUACCACCUUAGUUCAUCCAUGUAUCCUGGUGUUAAGCAUCUUAAUCAGACUUAUUUUUAAUUAAUGGAUAUUUCUUAGAAGUUUUGGGACAGACUUUAUGUAAUCUUUACAAGUUUGAUUUCUGAAGAAAAGCAAAUGCAUCGGUAUGUUUGCCUUAAACUUAUAGACUAAACCAAUUAUUGUAAAAUAAACAGCGAUAACUGAUAGUUUUUAACUGAUCAUUUUAUCACUCUAAAAUUUGGAGUAGCUAUAAUAAACCUACUCCUGUAUUAUGCUUUCUAGUGCAGGUCUUGAUUUUUCGUUUUUAUUUCUUGUAAAAUGUCAUAUUGAACCAAGUUUACCAAUACCUUUACAACAGAAUGACCUGCUCUUCCUUGUCUGCUUCAUAGAAGGUGGAAUUGGGAGGACACAGAGUAAGUUGUUUCUGAAAUACAGGAGCAGAGCAGUCUGGUAGGGUUUCCUGGAUUCCGUCCCUAGCUCAGCAAAUUCACCGAGACGUGUGCCGUUGAGCCAUUUUCCAGGUGUCAUGCCAGUGUGUAGAUUGGCAUGUAGAGGGACGUGUCUGCUAAAAGGAACAGCACUGGCCUGUGGAAAAAGGCAGAGUAUUUGGGAUAAAAGUUGGUGUAGAGACAUGAUACUAAUUGCUUGUAGCUUACAAAUACUGGCCUUUCUAAUGUGCAGACAUUACUGUCAUUCCUCGCUAAACGGGAUGAGUUCUCCACUGUCUUGUCUUUGGGCUGCUCACCUCUUGGGUGGGUUCCUACUUUACAUUUCCCAGCCCGUUCUGAAGAAUGUCUGAGCUCAGUUUCACUGACCGUUGUGAUUCCAGCCUUUCUCAGCAGCAUGUUCUCUUGUCACUUACAUACUGACCAUUCCAUCUCUGUAGACAUGUUCUCCGGGACUGUGUCAGCUGUUACAUUCUCUGUUGGUGACAGAUCUGUGUGCUGUCCUUCAUGUAACUUUCAUUUGAAAACACGCCCAUGCAGUGUCCACCAACAGGUUAAGGCAGGACCAAGAGCCCAGGCUUCUGGAAUCACCCCUACACCAGUGGCUCUUGUGGGCUCAAGCAGGUUUGGGCAGGUUCCCUUAACUUCUGCCUCCGUUCUCUACUCUGAAGGACACAUUGACCUACCUCACAGGGGUGUUGUGAGGAUUAAUAAAUGUUGGUACCGUG